UUGUGGAUCCUCUUAUCCGAGUCAGAGUCAGCCUCACAAGCAAAAUGAAAAUGCAAUGAAAAUUGCGAAGAUGACAAAGGCAAACUGCGGCCAAGGGAGAGUCAAAGCUGGAAGACGCAGAUUUUGCGAUUGAUGGGCCCGAUGAUCAUAAAAGGACUGUUCAGGAGAUAUCAAAGGUGGAACCCAGUGCAUCCAACGUGCGGUGCGUUUUGGGGUAUGGGACUAGGCAUUGGAUGUGGUGUUGGAUGGGGUCCUGGGUUUGGCCCUGAGGUCAUUGGUUAUGUUGGAGCUGGCUGUGGGAUUGGAUUCAGUGUGGGUAUAACGCUUGCUGGUAUUGGCGUUGGUCUUCCUGCAAAUUUUCUCUUUCAAGUUCCUUACAACGCUUUUCUAACAACCAGAACUGGGGUACUGGAUGUUGCGCGCUCCAGCGUUCUCUUCUCUUCGCAAAUUACACCUGGUCUUCGCUGGAAUACUUUUGCACCCCACUUCUCUGUCCUUCAUAGAGAAGCUACAGCAAGAUUGUCAAUCAUGUUGCCUCUCCACACUAUUUCUAUUUGGGAAGGUGUAGAAAGAUUUAAGCGUCGCUUUUUCCAUCCUCGCAGAGGUUGAAUCUCUUUACAAGGGCAAGAUAGUUUUCUUAUGGUAUGUUAGAAAUCUGGAAAAUUUUCCAGAAACUUUUAGCUUAAGAAAAUUUGUUCUUUAGGGUGCAAUAGAGAAAACACUAUUCAUUUGUAACUCAAUGACUGGGAUAAUUUCAAUCGAUGUGUGUGUGUGUGUGUGUGUGUGAGAGAGAGAGAGAGAGAGAGAGAGAGCAAACACUAAGUCUUUGUUUCUGAAUGACCUAGAUAAUUUCAAUUUAUGAAUCAAAUCAUACCAAGACCAGAAGAUUAGUUUUUUUAUUAUUUGACCAUUCCUUAUGUUGUAAGGGUUUUCACUUAUGAUUUUGGACACUGGUGUGAUGUCAUGCUCGGACAGGUUUGGUUUGGAUUAUCAAAAGGUAAUUUCAUAAGUUCCAGUUUUCUGGAAUUUUGACUGCUGCAUUGCUGUGUGUCUCACAGUUUGAGUAGGAUUAUAGAUUACGUCUUGUAUUAUUUUAAUUAGUGCAGAGUUCCAAAGGUUCUAAAUUCUUUUGUUUUCCAAUUAAUUAUCAAAGUCUCACAGUUUGUCAGCCGCCUACUUUUUCCCUUUAUUUAUGUAUUACGUGACACAGCUGAUAUUAAUGUAGACUUUCCAGUGACUUCUUUUAGCCAUUAAGGUUUGUUUGUCUUCUUGCUAAGUAUACUGGUUUAACCCUAGGUCUGAUUUUGUAAUUUUUUGUCUGAAAUUUGGAUUUUCUACCUAUAAAACUGCAUCUUAAAUAUAAUGACUUAAGGACAAGAUGCCAUGUCUUUGCGAUAGGUUCCAAUGCCAUUGGAUGUGGUGAGAUGAGAUACAAGUAGUUAAGUUGUAUCUCCUAGCUUUGGCUGUACAAUGGAAGAGCUUAGUU